GUCCUCUCCUGCUACUGUGCUCCGCGCCUCCUUGACCUUCCUUCCUUCCUUCUUCCUUCUCUGCCCCUGUUUGCUCCAGCCCCACCCUUCACCUGCUGUGACGGGAACCGUCCACACCCACAUAUGGGCCAAAGAUGUCACUGAUGAGGAUUGUGCUUACGCUGCGAGUCUGAUUAGACCUCUGAGGUGGAAAGUCAGAAGAUUCCAAAAGUGUUGUCCUUCCUCGACUGGUGGUCUGUAGCCAGAUAAUUGCUAUUCACCCUGAGAGCAGUCUCUAAGGGCUCCAUGUCUCUUUGAUCAAGCCCUAAGGACAUACGUUUUCAUUUUCUCAAAGAAAAAGCAAAAAAUUGUAGCCAAUGGUAUUUACCAUUAUGGAGACCAAGAACUGUAACAACCCUCAGCAAAGACCCAUACCCUCUGGGAGGGCUUCAGAGGAAGACAAUCAUUUGUUGAUUAAAGCUGUUCAAAAGGAAGACAUUGAGCUGGUCCAGCAGUUGCUGGAAAGAGGGGCUGAUGUCAAUUUCCAGGAAGAGAAAGGGAGCUGGUCUCCUCUGCAUAAUGCAGUGCAAAUGCACAGCGAGGACAUUGUGGAUCUUCUGCUCAGUCACAAUGCUGACCCUUGUUUGAGGAAGAGGAAUGGGGCCACUCCCUUUAUCAUCGCUGGGAUCGUGGGAAAUGUGAAGCUGCUCGAACUUUUCCUUUCUAAGGGGGCAGACAUCAACGAGUGUGACGUUAACGGCUUCACGGCUUUCAUGGAAGCCGCUGUGUACGGUAAGGUCGAAGCCUUAAGAUUCCUGUAUGAGAAUGGAGCAGAGGUGAAUUUGCAUCGAAAGACAAAGGAGGAUCAUCGGAGGAUUCGGAAAGGAGGGGCCACUGCUCUGAUGGAUGCUGCUGAGAAAGGGCACGUAGAAGUCGUGGACAUCCUCCUCCAUGAGAUGGGGGCAGAGGCCGAUGCCCGCGACAACAUGGGCAGAAAUGCUUUGAUCUAUGCCUUUCGGAGCCCUGACAAUGGGAAUGUGAGGGCCAUCACUCGCCUUCUGCUGGACCGUGGGGCUGAUGUCAAUGUGAGGGGAGAAGGAAGGAAGACGCCCCUGAUCCUGGCAGUGGAAAGGAAGAACCUGGAUUUGGUGCAGAUGUUUCUGGAACAAGGACACAUAGAGAUGAAUGACACAGACGACAAGGGCAGGACGGCAUUGCGGGUGGCUGUCGAGCACAGUCUGAAGGAAAUCGUCCGGUUGCUAUGCGAACGAGGAGCCAGCACAAAUUGUGGGGACCUGGUUGCCAUAGCAAAGGCUAAUUAUGACACUAGCCUCGCAAAGCUUCUUCAACUUCAUGGAGCCACCGAAGAUGCUCACCCUCCCGCUGAAGACUGGGAGCCUCAGAGCUCACGCUGGGGAAAGGCCCUGAAACAGCUCCGCGGGAUGCGCCGUCCUAUGAUCGGCAAACUCAAGAUCUUUAUUGAUGACGAGUAUAAACUUGCUGACACUGCUGAAGGGGGCGUCUACCUGGGGUUCUAUGAAGACCAAGAGGUAGCCGUGAAGCGAUUCUAUGAAGGCAGCGCACGUGGACAAAAUGAAGUCUCCUGUUUGCAGAGCAGCCGAGCCAACAGUGACGUGGUGACAUUCUACGGCAGUGAGAGCCACGGGGGCUGUCUGUAUGUGUGCCUUGCCCUCUGUGAGCAGACUCUGGAGAAGCACUUGGACAACCAUGGAGGGGAGGCUGUGGGAGACAAAGAAGAUGAGUUUUCUCGAAACAUCCUCUCGUCUAUGUUUAAGGCUGUUCAAGAACUACACUGGGCUGGAUACACUCACCAGGAUUUGCAGCCACAAAAUAUCUUAAUGGAUGCCAAGAAUGGUGCUUGCCUGGCAGAUUUUGAUAAAAGCAUCAAGUGGGCUGGAGAUCCACAGGCAAUCAAGAGAGAUUUAGAGGCGCUCGGGCUGCUGGUCCUGUAUGUGGUGAAUAAGGGGAGCAUUCCUUUUGGGAGACUGAAGGAUCAAGGUAAUCAGGAUACAGAGGAACUGAUCCAGUUCUCUCCAGAUGAGGAAACUCGGGACCUCAUUCGUUGCCUGUUCUGCCCUGGUGACAGUGUGAAGGACCAUCUGAGUGGCCUGCUGGGCCACCCCUUCUUUUGGAGUUGGGAGAGCCGCUACAGGACCCUUAGGGACGUGGGAAAUGAAUCUGACAUCAAAACCCGAAAUCCUAAUGGUGAGAUCCUCCAGCUACUACAGCCUGGAGCAUCCGAAACUUCCACAAGUUUUGCCCAGUGGACGACUAAGAUCAACAAGUCUGUUAUGAAAAAAAUGGAUGCAUUUUAUAAAAAAGGAAACAAUCCCUAUCAGGACACUGUGGGUGAUCUGCUGAAGUUCAUCCGGAAUUUAGGAGAACACAUUAAUGAAAAAAAAAAUAAACAGAUGAAGUCAACAAUUGGAGAACCUUCCCAGUAUUUUCAGGAGAAAUUUCCCGAUCUGGUCAUGUAUGUCUAUACGAAACUACGGAACACAGACUACAGCAAGCAUUUUCCAAAAACUCACCAUCCAAACAAGCCUGGGUGUGAUGGAGGUGGUGGUGAUCAGCAGGCUGGCCAGCCCUAGUGCCCUUCUGAGUUGUUCAAGGAGCUUAUUAGCUGUGUAAUCCUGGGCGAGUCACAGCUCUCUGGGCCUCUUAACUAACCUGGUUGCUUGUGAGAGAUGAGUUGCACGGCUGUGUCAGUUCCUGGUGCAGUGUCCAGCAUCCCCCACAUGUUUACAACCAAAAAAUUAUACACCCAAACUUCUCUAGUCCUUUUUACCCGCAAAGCUUAGUGGCAGGAGCUGGGAAGGCAUCCUGCUAAGAUUCCUCUUGUCAAUUGCUCGAAAGGAGUGAGUUCCUAGGCCGUUAAUGCUGUAUGUUUUACAUCAAUUACCUCAUGUAAUUCUUCCAACAAACUUUCAAGAUAGGAGUAACAUCCCCAUUUAGGAACUGAAGAGCCAGAGAGGCUCAGAGGGUUUAAACCACUUGCCUCAGAUUACACAGAGGGCCGUAUAAAUGGAUAUGGUGUUACUCUUCCCUCUCACUCGAGCACCUUAGUGCUUAAUUACUGGCUCAGCUCUUCUGGAUGAGACCCAGAAGGAAUAUGUCAGGGCAGCUCUGGGUGGCUCAUGCAUUCGUUCAUUCACUCCAUUUAUCCAUUCAGCAUUUUUUGAGCACUGGUUAGUGUAAGUCUGUGAAUUCUAUUCCUUCUGGAAUCACCUGUGCUGGUUUUCUAUGACGUUAAGGCAGUAUUUCUCAACUGUGGGCAAUCUUGCCACUCAGGGGCCAUUUGGCAGUGUCUGGAGAUACUUGGGGCUGUCAGAGCUGCGGGGAAGGGGUGUUACUGGUCUGAUAGAGGUCAGAGACGCUGCUGAACAUUCUACGCUAUGCACAGGAGCCCCUGCCCUCCUGCAAUACAGAAUUAUCUUGCCUAAAAUAUCAGUGGCACUGAGGUUGAAAAACUCUGCUUUAAGGGGCUGUGACGCCUUUCAACUGGCUGGGGGCCCAGGACCGUGAAGUGUGUCGAGGAGUGAUUUGAAUUUAAUGUCUUGCUUUUGGCUCUGUAGUGAGACAGUUCCAGGGUCACCUCCUCAGGAAGUCCUCCUCCUUUUCAGAAAGAGCCCAAAAUACUGGAGUUUUUUUUUUUUCCCCAAUGCCUUCCCUCCUCACACCCCAGUCUGAGUGUCCUCUCUGGCUCUCUUGCACCUGUCAACACACCACAGCGUGCUUCUCUCCACCUUGAGCAUGACUCUUCUCCACUGGAAUCUAAGCUCCUUAGGGUCAAUGGUCUACAGAUUUUUGAUUUGUAUUGUUAGUGCAUAGCAAAAUGUCUGCUGCACGGUAAGAAUCAACGUUUAUCAAGAAAUGAAUGAACCAUCUUCAUACAUGAGUAAUAACGCACGCUUACAUUUUGAUGGUGCUUUAUAAUUUAUAAAUUACACCUGCCUAUUUUUCUCUCUUUUAGUUUUCAAAACAAUCCCAUAAGUGUUGCAAUCCUCAUUUUGCACAUGAGGAAACUAAGGUUAGAGACGUGGUGAUUUACUCUAAGGCAGAGCUGGGAAGUGUCACUGUCUUGACUUGAAAAGCUUUUCUGACAUGAAGCCUGAGGUCUUUCCACUUACCCUCGC